AUGCUCCGUGUGCUCCGGCCAUGGCUCCGGUGCAGGCCUGUGUCCGGUGUCCGCUCGUAUCAUGCAGAUCAAGUGGCGAGGCUCGGAUCACAGCCCGAUACUCAGUCCUCAGACUACCAGGAGAACUAUGAACGCAUGAAGGUUCUUGUGGAUGAACUGAGAACACGGACAGAGAAGAUCAAACUGGGUGGUGGUGAAAAAGCUAGAAAACUUCACACUUCUCGAGGGAAGCUUUUGCCCAGAGAACGCAUAGACCGACUUCUGGACCCAGGGAGUCCUUUCCUGGAGUUCUCUCAGUUUGCCGCCUACGAGCUUUACGGCAAAGAGGAGGUCCCGGCCGGCGGCAUCAUCACUGGGAUCGGGCGAGUGUCUGGGGUGGAGUGUGUCAUUGUGGCUAACGAUGCCACUGUCAAAGGCGGCACUUAUUACCCAGUCACUGUGAAGAAACACCUCCGCGCUCAAGAAAUCGCUCAACAGAAUCACCUGCCGUGCAUUUACCUGGUGGACUCAGGUGGUGCUAACCUGCCCCGUCAGGCCGACGUGUUCCCGGACCGAGACCACUUUGGGAGGAUCUUCUUUAACCAGGCCAACCUGUCGUCUCAGGGCAUCGCACAGAUCGCCGUGGUGAUGGGCUCGUGCACGGCAGGCGGCGCCUACGUUCCCGCCAUGGCCGACGAGAGCAUCAUCGUCAAGAAGCAGGGGACCAUUUUCCUCGGGGGGCCUCCUCUGGUAAAAGCUGCGACCGGAGAGACGGUGUCGGCGGAGGAUCUGGGAGGGGCCGAUCUCCACUGCAGAAAAUCAGGCGUAACCGACCACUACGCUUUAGACGACAACCACGCGCUGCAUCUGGCAAGAAAAUCUGUCAGAAAUCUCAACUACAUGAAGAACGUCCAGGUGACCACAGAAGCGACUGAGGCUCCUCUGUUCCCCUCAGACGAACUCUACGGCAUCGUGGGAGCAAACUUAAAACGCAACUUUGACGUCAGAGAGGUCAUCGCCCGAGUCGUGGACGGCAGCAAAUUCGAUGAGUUCAAAGCGUUCUAUGGAGACACUCUGGUCACAGGCUUUGCCAGAGUUUUUGGAUAUCCUGUCGGCAUCAUUGGCAACAACGGAGUCUUGUUUUCAGAGUCGGCCAAAAAGGGAACUCAUUUCAUCGAGCUCUGCUGCCAGCGGAACAUCCCCCUGAUCUUCCUCCAGAACAUCACAGGCUUCAUGGUGGGCAGAGAGUACGAGGCGGGGGGCAUCGCCAAAGACGGAGCUAAGAUGGUGACGGCCGUGGCCUGUGCCAGCGUUCCCAAGAUCACAGUCAUCAUCGGAGGUUCUUACGGAGCGGGGAACUACGGCAUGUGUGGAAGAGCCUACAGCCCUCGCUUCCUGUACAUGUGGCCAAACUCUCGCAUCUCGGUGAUGGGCGGAGAGCAGGCCGCCACGGUGCUGGCUACUAUCACCAAGGACCAGCGAGCGCGAGAGGGGAAGGAGUUCACGGCUGAACAGGAAGCCGCCAUGAAGGAGCCAAUCGUGCGGCGCUUUGAAGAAGAGGGAAGUCCGUACUACUCCAGCGCCAGGCUCUGGGACGACGGGAUCAUCGACCCGGCCGACACCCGCCUGGUGCUCGGCCUCAGCCUCAGCGCCGCACUCAACGCUCCCAGAAGCAAGACGCAGUUCGGGGUCUUCAGGAUGUAA